CCUGCUCUCCGGUUGCUUUAAUCCUACUGAAGCAUGAUGCUCUACAAGAUUCUGGUGAUCUCUGUCCUGUGUGCUCUGGCUGUGGCUUUCCCCACUUUGGACAUAGAAGAAAGCACCUAUGGCUUACUAGACCCAUCCAGUGAAGAACCAUUAAAUUCAGCUGUUGAAGAUGAAGAACUACAGAAUUCAACGAGUGACCUACUAAAACCAGCCGGUAACCUACCACCACCAAUUGAGAAAGUGAUAAGAGCUCUAAAAGAUGACACAAACAAUGAUUUCACCACUGACUUUAACCCGACCUUGGGCCUCACACCAACCAUAGAAGCAUAUUAUGGUUUUUGGUAA